UCUUUUCUUCUUCUUCUUCUUUUUCUUACUUUCUAUGGUGAACUAUUUAUUAUGAAUUUUAAUAUAAAUGCUCAGACUGUCAACUCUGAACAUUCAUCCUCUGAACAAUUGAAUGAAUCAAGUCCUCCUUCUUCACCUUCUGUUACAACUCAACUCAAUACUACUUCAUCACAUUAUGCUCUGGAAUCAACUCAAUUGGAUUAUGAUGGUGGUCCUAUACCAGAUUCUAUAAGGAAAAGUUAUGUUCAACAAAAGCUUCCUGUACGAAAACAAAGCUUGGCUGCUUUUGGUCAAAACCGUGCUAAUCGUCAAAGACUACCUACAAGACGUAUUGGUUCUUCUUUACUUUAUCCUCCUCCAGAUAGGCUUGCUCGUUCUUUCACUACUACUUCUUCUUCUUCUUCUACUUCUUCUUCUCCUGCUUCUCCUUCUUUAUCUUCUGAUAUUAUUACUAAUACCACCGGAUACAAAACACCUACUCGCAGUGCUACUGUCGCUUUGUCCUCUUCAUCACCGACAAUAUCAUCAGGUACUACAACAAUAGCAGCUGUUCAUAGUAAUUCACCAUUACUACCAACCACUACUUACGAUGUACACACUACAACUACCUCUUCCAACUUGAACCUACAGAGCAGUCUACCUACCAUUCACUCAACUUCAAAGGAAUUCACUUCUCCUUUACUUUCACCAUUACCUGAAACAACAACAACACAUUCAUCAGAAACGAACAAUACAAAUGACAAACGCAAGGAAGACGAUGAUGAUGAAGACUUUUACUUUGGCGAUCGACCUCCUUCCACUAUCAAUUGUACGCGUCCCAUUCUAUCCAGCACAUCAUCCAACUCCUCACUUUAUGGAACAACUCCUUUAAAGUCUCUCAAUACAUCUUUGGACACAGCCUCAACUCAUACCACCAAACUGAAAACUGGACCUGAAACACCCAUUCCCAUCAAUACCUAUGCACCUAUCAAAGAAGACGACGAUGAUAGUACUGUAUUUUCUCCUGUCACCCCAGCUGUUUACGAUGAUAACGACAACGAUACGAAUGGUCGACCAUCGGAUACAUGGCCAACACCAACUCCAUCAUUAUCUGAAACAAUUAUGGCUGAAGAGCGCGAACGUACUUAUUGGCGAAAAGGAAGCGUUGGUGAUAUCAUUCAAACAGUAUCAUCAUCUUUACCUGAAAACUAUCAAUCAUCUUCGUUUUCCAAUGACCAAGUACAGCAACAACAAUUACCGGUAUCACUACAACAAGGUAGAAAUGAUGAUGAUGAUCCAGUUACUACUCUGACUAUGGUUACUACUGGUAUCACAAUGGAACAAGCCAAACAUAUAGAACAACGAAAAUCCAUUCAUGCAUAUUAUUCAACAUCAUUAUCUACUCACACUAAUCCAUCCUUAUUGUCUUUACAACGCAAUCCUUCAAGAUCAUCAUCCGUCUCCACUUCACAACUGUACCCAGCUUUAUUAUCACGCGUUGCUCAAGAACUCUAUAAACGAUUACCUGUACAAACAUUAUUUAAGGACGAUAUUGAAUAUCCUCAUACAUUUAAUGGAAAGGAAGCUGUGGAAUGCUUAUUACAAAUUCUUCGUACUAAUGAUCGAAAUCUUGGGAUUUUGGUUGGUCGUGCUUUAGAUCAUCAGCAUUUUUUCCAUGAUGUCACCUAUGAACAUCAUCUUCGGGAUUCUCGUGAUAAAAUCUAUCAAUUCAGACAUCAUUUGGAUUCUUCCCUUGGUCAAACAUCAAACGCAGUCAAAACUGAUGAAGAUUCUCCAAUUCGAACUAGAGAUAUGGAUGAAAACGACAAGAAAGAACUACCUAAUGGAAUCUUUACCUUACUCACCAACUGUUACUCACCCACCUGUGCUAGGGGUCAAGGUUGUUAUAGUAUACAUUGUCCAAGAAAAGGAAAGCUGGUCAAACGAUCUAUUAGUCAGUCAUCUUUACAAGAAAAGGAAGAAAAAAGUAAUCUUUGGAUUCAUUCUGUACCAAAGGCCAUUGUGGAUGCUACAUCAAAAGAAGAAAGGAAACGUCAAGAAUGUAUAUAUGAAUUGAUUUACACAGAGGCCAAUUUUGUGAAGGAUUUACAAUAUGUGCAUAACUAUUGGGUCAAACCUUUGAUUACUCAAGAUAUUAUUCCUGAUGAACGUCGAGAACAUUUUGUACAAGAGGUGUUUUGGAACAUGGCGGAUGUGGAAAAGGUGAAUACUGUCCUCUCACAAGCAUUAUUAGCGUUGCAAAAAGAACAACAUGUGAUACAACAUGUUGGGGAUAUUCUUCUUAAUCAUGUAUCUCAUUUUGAUCCUUUUGUGGCCUAUGGUGCCCAUCAAAUCAUUGGCAAGUUUAAGUUUGAAUUGGAAAAGAAACGGAAUCCAGUAUUUGCUCAGUUUGUCCAAAAUACAGAACGAUUACCUGAAUCAAAGCGUCUGGAACUCAAUGGCUAUCUGACAAAACCUACUACUAGACUUGGAAAAUACAAUUUACUAUUACGUGAAAUAUGGAAACGAACACCAAAAGAAAAUUCAGAUUAUGAAACAAUUCCCAAGGUGAUGGAUAUUAUUACUGAUUAUCUGCUUCAAGUCAACACUGAAACCGGAAAAUGUGAAAAUAUAUUCAACUUGCAACAAAUUGAAGAACGAUUAUCCUUCAAAUCAUCAGCUGAAUAUGUGGAUUUGAGGCUGCGAGAUCCCCAACGACAACUGAUCAUUCAAGGACGAAUGAAGAGAAAGGGCAAUACUUCAUCAGAGGCAUCAGAUCUACAAGUUUUCUUAUUUGAUCACUAUCUUAUCUUUGCAAAAAUCAAGUAUCACGAUCAUCUAGAAUACUACAAGGUGUACAGAAAGCCAAUACCACUUGAACUAUUGACGAUUUCCACAGUGGUGAACAACAAUCGAGCAAAACGUGCAAGUACUCUUUUAUCAUAUAGUCGAUCCAGUGUUAGCCAUUCCAAUUCUCAUUCCUCACUGCCUCGUGCUUCUACAUCAGACAAUCUUUUGGCCAUGAAAUCAAAUACGUCAAGUAGUAUUACAUUUUAUCAUCAUGGAAGAAAAGGAUCGCCACCGAUCACAUUAUUUGUUUCCAACAUAUCGGCACGCAAAACUUGGACAGAAAAGAUUCUUCAACAACAGCAGGCAUUAUCCAUGGAAAAAAGUGUGUUUACUGUACGAUAUAUUGUCAUUCGGCAGUUUUUAACAAGUAACCGAGUGCAUGACUCUAUCAUGAUAACUGAUCAAACAAAGAAAGAAGGUCAACAACAAGACAAUUAUACCAUGUUGGUUGGCACGGAUAUGGGAGUAUAUGUCAGGAUCAACAACAACGAUGAAGAAGAAGAUGGGCAAUUAUCGACGAUGAAGCGGGUCAUUCCUCUGGAUAGAAUUUCCCAAAUUGAAGUGAUGGAAGAUGCACAACUCCUGGUAUUAGCGGACAAGACAUUAUGGACAUUUCCUUUGGACGAUAUUUUGGAUACAUCAGACAACAAACCACUCAGCAUCAAAAAAGGACGGACGAUUAGCACCAACACAGCAUUUUUCCAUGUGGGCGAAUGUAUCAACAAGACCAUGGUAUGUAUUGCCAAACCAAACACUUUAGCUACAACUACGAUUCGUGUCCUGGAACCAAUUGCCACGGAUGAAAGCAAGAAAACCAAAACCGGCUUUAGUAUUCGACGUCUGGUACGUAAUGGGCCGGUGGGAUUGAAACCUUACAAGGAUCUUUAUUUACCAAGCGAAGCAUCAGCCAUCAGUCUUCUCAAAAGCAAAAUGUGUAUUUCCUGUCCUAGAGAAAUUGGUGUGGUGGAUAUGAAAUCCUUUGGUGUACAAGCAUUACUAGAUCCUGAAGAUGAAGAAUUGGAUUUUGUUUUUUCAAGACAAGAUAUUCGACCUAUCACCAUUUUCCGUGUUCAAUUUGCAGAAUACCUUGUUUGCUAUAAUGAAUUUGGCUUCUUUGUAGAUCAACGAGGCAGAUGGAUUCGAUCAAGUCAUAUUAUGGAAUGGGAAGGAGAACCGGAUGCCUUUGCAUUAUCUUAUCCUUAUGUCCUUGUCUUUGAACCAGGUUUUAUUGAAGUGAGAAAUAUCAUUACGGGUCAAGUGGAUCAGUUGAUUCGUGGCAAAAACAUUCGUUGUACCAAUACUAGAGAAGGCGUUCUUCAAGGCUCAAUGAAUGAUCCCGAUAAUGAUAGUUAUCAAGUCUUAUUCCAACUAGAUAGAAUCUCCUCAUUGGAUACAUAGAUUUCCUUCUUUUUCUCUCUUGAUAGUUUUACUCAUUGUAUUUUAUUUUGAUGUCCAUUCCUUUUUUUUUUUUUCUAAAUUAUAUACCUUUUUUUUUGCAACUUGAUGGUUAGAGAGCAUACUUAUAAUAAAGAAAAAGAAC